AUGACGGACGGCAAGAUGCAGCUCGACAAAACACCGGAGACCGUGGAGGCGAUCAAGCAUGGAGAAAUCGACGAGUCUCUCUACAGUCGGCAACUGUACGUUCUUGGCCAUGAGGCCAUGAAGCGCAUGGGUUCCUCCAACAUUCUCAUUGCUGGCUUGAAAGGUUUAGGUGUUGAAAUUGCCAAAAAUAUCGCCCUGGCUGGUGUGAAGUCGCUUACACUUUUCGAUCCCACCCCCGUUGCCAUCUCCGAUCUCUCCUCACAAUUCUUCCUGCAGCCACAAGAUGUUGGCAAGCGUCGUGCCGAUGUGACCGCACCACGCGUCGCUGAACUAAACUCAUAUGUGCCCGUUACAAUCUACGAGUCGGACAGCCUCACCACCGAUUUGUCGCAGUUGAAACGCUUCCAAGUUGUUGUCCUCACCAAUACCCCGCUCAAAGACCAACUUGUGAUUGCAGACUAUUGUCACGAGAACGGUAUUUACGUUGUUGUUGCGGACACCUUCGGUCUUUUCGGAUACAUUUUCAACGAUUUUGGAAAGAACUUCACAGUUGGCGAUGCUACUGGUGAAGACCCAGUAGGCGGUAUUGUUGCUGACAUCGACGAGACUGGUUUGGUUUCGGCCCUUGAUGAGACCCGACAUGGCUUAGAGGAUGGUGAUUAUGUUACAUUCACGGAAGUCAAAGGCAUGGAAGGCCUCAACAAUAGUGACCCGCGCAAGGUUACCGUCAAAGGACCUUAUACAUUCUCUAUUGGCGACGCCUCUGGCCUGGGUAAGUACGAGGGUGGCGGUCUUUACACACAAGUCAAGAUGCCAAAGUUCCUCGACUUCCAACCUCUACGAGAACAAUUAAAGAAGCCAGAACUUCUCAUUUCUGAUUUCGCCAAAUUUGAUCGUCCCGCACAGUUGCACAUUGGUGUGCAGGCUCUUCAUAAAUUUGCUGAAGCGCACAAUGGCGAAUUCCCUCGCCCUCAUCAUGAAGCCGAUGCGGAGGAGGUUUUGAAGAUUUCCAAGGACCUGGCAGGCCAGACUGAGGAUAAUGUUGAGCUAGACGACAAACUCAUCAAGGAACUCAGCUAUCAAGCACGUGGUGAUCUCAAUCCUCUUGCGGCUUUCUUUGGUGGUUUGGCCGCUCAGGAGGUCUUGAAGAGUGUUUCUGGAAAGUUCCAUCCUGUCGUUCAAUGGAUGUAUUUCGACUCUUUGGAAUCCCUACCAGAAUCCGUGACUCGCUCUGAAGAGACUUGCAAGCCUCUCGGUACUCGUUAUGAUGGCCAAAUUGCUGUAUUUGGAAAGGACUUCCAAGACAAGAUUGCUAAUUUGAAUACUUUCUUGGUUGGAGCCGGUGCUAUUGGUUGCGAAAUGCUUAAGAACUGGGCUAUGAUUGGUCUUGGUGUUGGCGCAAAAGGCGGAAUUCGAGUUACCGACAUGGAUCAGAUUGAGAAGAGUAAUCUCAACCGUCAAUUCCUUUUCCGACCUAAGGAUGUUGGUAUGUUGAAGAGUGAUUGCGCAUCCGCCGCAGUCCAGGCUAUGAAUCCAGAAAUGAAGGGAAAAAUUACGACGCUCCGAGACCGUGUUGGUAACGACACGGAAGACAUUUUCAACGAACAGUUUUGGGGAGAGCUUGACCUCGUCACUAACGCUUUGGACAAUGUCGAUGCCCGAACUUAUGUCGACCGCCGGUGUGUCUUUUUCCGCAAGCCACUACUUGAAAGCGGAACUCUCGGCACAAAGGGAAACACGCAGGUCAUACUUCCUCACAUUACGGAAUCUUACUCCAGUUCCCAGGAUCCUCCCGAGAAGUCAUUCCCCAUGUGUACAUUGAAGAGCUUCCCCAACCGCAUCGAACACACCAUUGCCUGGGCUCGCGACCUCUUCCAGACAUACUUUGUUGGUCCUCCAGAAAGUGUCAACUUGUAUCUUUCGGAGCCGAACUACAUUGAGAAGACCCUCAAACAGGCUGGAAAUGAGAAGCAGACUCUUGAAAACCUUCGGGAUUUCUUGGUCACAGAGAAGCCUCUCAGCUUUGACGACUGUAUCGUCUGGGCGCGCAACCAAUUCGAGUCUCAGUAUAACAAUGCUAUUCAGCAAUUGUUAUAUAACUUCCCUCGCGACUCUGUCACAUCCUCAGGACAGCUUUUUUGGUCUGGUCCAAAGCGUGCUCCUACCCCUUUGAAAUUCGACAGCUCCAACCCUACUCAUCUUGGUUUCAUUAUUGCUGGCGCCAAUCUGCACGCAUUCAAUUACGGAAUCAAACCUCCCACAACGGACAAGGGUUACUUUAAAAAGGUAGUUGACGACAUGAUCAUUCCUGAAUUCACGCCUAGUUCGAAUGUAAAGAUCCAAGCCGAUGACAACGACCCCGACCCAAAUGCUCAAUCUGGACCUAUCGACGACAAUGAGGAGAUCCAGAAACUCGUGGACUCUCUUCCGUCACCAAAAUCUCUGGCUGGGUUCCGCUUGGCCCCUGUCGAGUUUGAGAAGGAUGAUGAUACGAAUUACCACAUUGACUUUAUCACCGCGGCAAGUAACCUGCGUGCUGAGAACUACGAUAUCCCACAAGCAGACCGACACAAGACUAAGUUCAUUGCUGGAAAGAUCAUUCCGGCUAUUGCGACUACAACAGCUCUUGUCACCGGUCUAGUAGUCCUCGAAUUGUACAAGAUUAUCGAUGGAAAGACUGAUAUUGAGAAGUACAAGAACGGCUUUGUCAACUUGGCACUGCCAUUCUUUGGUUUCAGUGAACCUAUUGCUAGCCCUAAGGGCAAAUAUCAGGGCAAGACUGGCGAAGUGACGAUUGAUAAGCUGUGGGAUCGAUUUGAGGUGGAUGACAUUCCAUUGCAAGACUUCUUGAAACAUUUCUCGGAUCUAGGAUUGGAGGUGACCAUGAUCAGCUCUGGCGUCAGCUUGCUAUAUGCCAGCUUCUACCCACCAUCGAAGCUUAAAGACCGCUUGCCAUUGAAAAUGUCCAAGCUCGUAGAGCACAUCAGCAAGAAGCCUGUUCCAGAGCACCAAAAGAACGUGAUCUUCGAGGUGACAGCGGAGGACCAGACAGAAGAGGAUGUUGAGAUACCAUAUGUGAUGGUGAAGUUGUAA